AUGAGCAAUGCGCUGGGUGUCUGGACGCCAUUGAGCAACGCAGUGCCUGCUUUUGAUCCAUUCUACUACACUCCCUUGGCAGGAAUUUGCCCAGUAGUGCAGCCACUGCUCCACGUAUGCAACUAUUCUAUCGACCCCUCUCUAAUCGAACAGGGAUACCACAUCUCAAAUCCGGAUUACAGUUUUUGCGUCGCUGGAUACAGCAAUGCAUGCGAUGCUACACGAUGGCCCCCAGGAUUCAACACAUCAGCCACUCCGCGGCCAAAGUUCGGGAAUGUCCCCUACGGAGAAUUCUUUAGGAGCUGUACCGUGGAAGGCACACUUGCGCUCACGUAUGAUGACGGCCCUUCAAAAUGGACUGCAGAUUUACUGGAUAUAUUGAAGGCCAAUGGCGUAAAGGCAACUUUCUUCAUCAAGGCCGCCAAUCUGUAUAGAGACUUGGUCACACACCACAGUGACCGGCUUCCCGCUGUCAUGAGGAGGAUGUACAAUGAAGGCCACCAAAUUGCGGGACAUACUUGGAGCCACAUGGAUUUGUCUCGAAGGCUCAACUCGCGACAGCGCAGAAUAGAGAUGCUGAAGAACGAGAUGGCGCUGAACGAUAUUCUGGGCUUUAUUCCGACAUAUAUGCGCGCACCCUACAAUAGUUGUACGAAAGAGACUGGUUGUUGGGACGACAUGGAUGAGCUGGGUUACCAUAUAUGUUCGAAUGAUGUCGACGGCAGAGACUGGGCAGGGAACUAUACAUGGGCGGAAGAAGUGUUCCUUGAGAAAAUUCGCGGGAAAAACGUUCAGGGAAUCCGGGCCUGGAUGGAUUUAGCACACGACACUCAGGAGCUUACAGUGCACCGCCUCACGCAAUUCAAGAUUGACAAGGCAAAGGAGCAUGGGUACAAGUUGGUGACAGCAGGCGAGUGCUUGAACGACCCAGAAGAAAAUUGGUAUCGGGAUCCCUUGACAGGUGGACCGGUUCGCAACCUGCCUCCUAAGGGAUCCUUAUAA